CCAAAACGUCACGUCGUACCUCCGUGCGCGUUCGGUUUGAUUGGUGGUCGGUCGGUAAAUAUGGCGUACUGUUUUGGCGUCCACCGUUCAAUGUGCGGUUUGAGUCGACGAUUUGAAACCCAUACCGCUCGCAUAGCGUAAAUAAAUAAUCAGGAAAUUCGAAACCUUCGAACUCGCAUGGUGUGUUGAACCGAGCGCGCUCCCGAGUCGAACCUCAAUCGAUAGCGCACUAAAUAUUAAUUAAGUUUAGUGGGUCACUAUCAUGUUUUGCGCCUAAUUCGCUACACUUCACGCCAAAACAGUGAUCAGUUUCAAUGAAAAGUUGAACUUGUUGACGAACGCUUAGUGGCUGCCCGCAUGCGACGCAUCGUUCCAUAAUGCAAUGCGAUUACUGUGAUGGAUUUGCUUGUUGAAACGCAUACGACACGGUUUUAGGUUAUAAACUGGAUUCAACAUAUCUCAUUGAGUAUCUUAUGCUAUGGGUGGUUGCAUUGGGACUGCUUAGUAACAGAUUUAUUGUGGGUGGAUAUGGACUGGUUAGGGAGUCAGUCCCAAGUGUAAGGUUGAAGUGUCAUGCAGUCUGCUGAUUCAAGCCGUUACAUUAAUUCGGUAUCUGACCUUUACGGGGACGACGAAAUCGAAUUUCUUUUAGACGACAUAAGAGAACUGGAGCCAAUUAGCUGCAGGCCAGAAGAUAUCCAGUUAUGCCGUGGUGCAGAUGUAAAUGUAAUUGAUGUGGCGGGGGAUGGCAUGAGUUGUGUGUUGCAGGACUUUGAGAUAGCAGGCAGUGGCACAGGAGAACCCGCCGGCGGCGGCGCUGAGACGCCACUCGGCACCGUCCAUUCCUGGGAUUCACACUCGCACUAUCGACGACGCUCAGCAUCGCCUGACCUAUCACUCUACUCAGGCGUCAUUGUCUAUUGUGAUCACACUCACCUCAGAACACCAACCGGAUUAUUUAGGAUAUUAUUAAUUUUAACUACAAUUGCCUGUUUAGCAUGUUUAUGCACAGCAGGCACAGUGAAAGUGACGCUCUUCAUGCUUCCAUUAGUAAACCGUAUUAGACUGAUGAUGUUCGUCACUCUGCUGAGUAUUUUUAUUACAUCUUUAUUAUUAUUCCUGGACAUUUCACAUAUAAUAUAUUUAUUCCCAUUUCCGUGGGGAAAACUUAACGCAUAUAUCUACUUAAGCCUUAGUGUGUUGUUCCUGAUUGCGUCAAGUCUACUUUUCCAUACAGUAUUUUUAUCAGAGGCCUUCCUGUGGGUCCCUAAAUGGACGCACCAGCAGUUGUUUAUAACUGGGUGUCUCGGAUAUGUAUGUUGUUUAGAAUCGUUAGUAAUAACCAUAAUCCAAAAGUGUUCAAAAGAUCACUACCAGCCAGUGGCGGAGGAUCCUAGCAUGAACCUGCAGGAGCGGCGGAGCUCUUCGCAUCCGAACUCGCCGGAUCACGUCAAUCAGACGACGCAUAACUAUAAGCCGAUAAUUAAUUACCAAAUGCCGGCCGUCGCUUCCACGUCGCGCAAUGAACCUUACAAUUAUCUCGACGAUGUUCAGCCGUGUUCAUCCAAAAUGGCGCACAACGCUUAAAAAUCCUUUCACUUCACUACACUCACCCACGUUGACAAACACAUACACACUCUAAAACAAAAAUUAAGAGUCUAUUUAUUUUCUACGAACGCUUCGAAACUUUGAGAUAGCUGUACAUAAUAGAAGAUAUCAUUUUCUUGUUACUAACAGCUUUUAAGAUGUUUCUAAUUUUCACUACAUAUCUUCAUUCAUCUUUGCGUUCUAAGCUCAUCUAAUUUAAGUCAUUAUGGUUUCGAAAUUUAAGUGUACGGCUGAUGGCACUAAACAAUACUACAAGUACAAUUCGUUUUGCGAUGUGUAACGUUUAAGAAAUUACUAGAUACAUAUUGAUGUCACAAAUUAACGGAUCAUAAAACAACUAUUUGGUUACCAGAGCAAUUCGGUAAAUGUGCGCAGGGUAUCUCGAAAAUUCAACGAUGCUUUGUACAUACCCUAAGUCGAUACCCUGAGAAAUUGUACAGGUAAUUAAGUUACGACAAACAAUUGAUGAUAGUAUACGUAAACACGAUGUUGGGAAAACACACGUCAGCCGAUUAUCGAUAUCAAUUACAUUAUUACACAGUUGAUAAACAUUGACAGGCGGAGGAGUCAGCACACUUUAGAUAAUUAAAUUAAUUGAGAUACGGGUAAAUAAUUUAAUAUUUAAAUUAUUCAACUAGACACGCACUUUAAAUUGCAAUAAUGAAAUCAAGCGGUCGGCAAGGAGCUAGGAGUUCGAAUUACAUCUUUCCGGUACUUUUAGAAACGAAAUUAAGCCCUAAAAAUGUUAACAGGCCUACUGAAAUCGGCCAGGACAAAAUUUAUUGAAAUUUACAAAUUGAUGAUUGGCUCUACUGACAAAAUUUUGUGUUGCAUCUUUUAUCCCUAAACGCGAAGCGAUUUUUGUGAAAGUGUAAAGACAAAUUCUUAUGAAUAGAUUAAAUUAUUAUUAGAUACGUUUAGACGAAUAAUACAAUUGACAAAGUACACAGUACACACAAAAAACUUGAAUUUCAAAGAAGUAAAUGGAGUUAACCUAAGAUGUAAUGUUAAUGAAAUUUAGUCUAACAAAGAACAACAAAUAUCUAUUAUAAAUAUAAAAUUUCUUGUAUAAAGUGUUCAUACAUAAUUUAAGUAUUUUCGAAAUGCACAUAAUACUAUUUUAAUAACUUAUGUACUUAAAUUAAUUCGACUAACCAACUACUGGAAUACUUAACGAGGUGUCGCGAGUCGGAAGAGAACAUGUAACCGCCUGGAAUAAUCUGGAGAUGUUGUUUUCUCAUUGCGAAUUCAUUUGAAUGACAAGAUUAGCGUACAAAAUUAGGACCAAACAUUUAGUGGUUGCCAAAAUUCAUUUCGACAUUUCAACCGACCAUAAUACAACUGUUAAACACAAUCUCAAUUACAAUCACUGCUUUGUUGUUAUUUUGACGACAUACAAUCGUACAACUUGUUACAACUGGAGCACUAGGCGUAUUCAAGCAUUUACAAUACAAUGUCAGUAUUAAUUUAUUGUGAGUUGAUUAAACGGGAUCAUACACUUACGAACUGCCACAAAUCUCUUGGUGUCGUGAUUUCAAUUUCACAUUUAGUAUCCGAGCUGAAGCUGAAGAAACCAGACAAUCAGGGCGAAUUUAUUAAGCAUUUAACCGAGGAGACAUUGCAAUAGUGAAGUCAGCGAAAUGAGCUACACUGAUCGAUCAUGUUAUACCAAAGAUUACGAAAUAGCACGAAAACAAUGCGAUGCAUUAGCGUUUAACAACACUUCUUGUGAUUAUUCGACUUGGAAUCAUUGUUUUCUCAUCAUUAUAAUGCAACAUUAUAAAUUAAUAGCAAUUAAUUGUACAUUAUGGUUUGUGUUCCGAUAUAGUGUGUUUAUGUAUAAAAAUCAUUGAAAACAA